AUGCUUAGUAGAAAACAGUCUUCCGGGUCUACACAGCUUCUAUAAAAGCUCUUCUGAGAGGCUGUUCAAUAUAUAACUCAAGUUGCUCAACCAAUAUAUAUCACUUCACUCGCUCCUUCUUGCCCUCCUUAGCGAAUUAGUACCCAAUUCAUGCUCAUAAAAUGAGACAUUCGCGUCUCAAUUGUGCACAGCUUCGUCGUUCUUGGCUUCUUUUUGCUGCUGUUUUCGUGUUAUGUUUCGGUGUAGUCGUUUAUGCUACUAACGAUUCAGACAGGCUUGCAUUACUUGCAUUCAAGGCUGAAAUAACUAGUGACCCUUUUGGGCGGCUUAACUCGUGGAAUGACAACACCGACUUUUGCCGAUGGAACGGGGUUACGUGCGGUCAUCGACACCAUAGAGUCACGGAACUGGACCUCCAUUCCCAAGGACUCUCAGGACCCAUCUCACCCCACAUUGGGAACCUCAGCUUCUUAAGAAAAUUGAGUCUCCAAAACAAUAGCCUCGGCCUUGAAAUCCCUCAACAAAUUGGUCGGCUGCAUCAGCUCCAAAUGUUGUAUUUAUCCAACAAUUCACUGACGGGAGAGAUUCCCAGGAAUAUAUCCGCUUGCUCGAACCUUGUAUUUCUCCUCCUCGAAUACAACCAGUUGGUCGGUGGAAUUCCAGUGGAGCUAGGCUACUUGUCAAAUCUUCAACAGGUUGACUUUACUGCGAACCAAUUAAUUGGCAGCAUCCCUUCAUCCAUAGGGAACUUAUCAUCUCUGGAGGCGAUUUCUUGUUAUCAAAAUGGUUUGAGUGGGAUUAUUCCCCAAUCUCUAGGUCGACUAACCAAACUAAAGGUGCUCACCUUGGGAAGCAACAGGAUUUCAGGUACCAUUCCGCCUGCAGUCUUCAACUUAUCUUCAUUGAUUGUAUUCGACGUAAAAGCGAACCAGUUCUGCUGCAAUCUUCCCGAAGAAAUUGGAUUCACUCUCCCGAACCUUCAAGAUUUGAGCAUUGGUCAUAACAAGUUUGCUGGAUCAAUUCCUACGUCGAUAUCCAAUGCCACAAAUCUAAGACAACUCGACCUUGGAGACAAUGAGCUAUCGGGGAAAGUCCCUUCGUUGGCGAAUGUCCGUAACCUUUGGACCGUUACCUUAUUCACUAAUCAUCUCGGAAGUGGAGGUUCCGAUCCAAAUGACAUGAGCUUCCUUUGCUCGCUAACAAAUGCCGCUAAGUUGAUGGUAUUGAUAAUGUUUGAAAAUAGAUUUGGUGGGACACUUCCUACAUGCAUCGGUAAUUUCUCUACUACUUUAAUGUUCCUGCGACUAGGCCAGAAUCUGAUAUCAGGUGAGAUCCCAAGAGAGAUUGGAAAUCUUGUGAACCUGCAGGGAUUCCGGAUGGACGACAACCUUCUUUCGGGUCCAAUUCCGUCAGAUUUAGGAAUCCUUUCUCAUCUUCAAAAACUGAUCUUGUCAGGCAACAAUCUAUCUGGCAUAAUCCCAUCCUCUUUGCAAAAUCUGCAAAUGUUGUUCUCUUUAAGUCUUGCAAGAAAUAACCUUGAAGGGUUGAUUCCUUCACACUUAGAUAAGUGUCAGAGUUUGACAAACCUAGAUCUUUCUUCUAACAAACUCAGCGGUCCAGUUAUAUUCCCCGUAGUUGGAAACCUCAUCUAUUUUAAUUUGUCUCGGAACCAGCUGAGUGGAGUCCUUCCGAUGGAAAUUGGAAACUUGAAACAUUUGGAACAAUUGGAUGUCUCGAGAAAUAUUCUGGAUGGUGAACUCCCUAGCAGUCUAGGCAAUUGUGAUGGACUGACAAUACUAAGAAUGCAAGAUAACCUCUUCCAUGGGUCCAUUCCUCAACCAAUUAGCUCCUUAAGAAGCAUUGAGGAAUUAGAUCUUUCCAACAACAAUUUCGGUGGUGAAAUUCCACGGUUCUUAGAGGCAUUUCAGUAUUUGGAAAAGUUGAAUUUGUCUUACAAUCAUUUUGAAGGCAUGCUACCAACUAAAGGAGUUUUUAGGAAUGUGAGUGCGACUUUUGUUGCUGGAAAUGAAAAGCUCUGUGGAGGAAUGCCUGCAUUUGAGCUCCCUAAGUGCGUCUCUCGAAACUCCAAAAGUAGAGGACGGGUCCAUCAGUUGAAACUUACCAUCGGCAUUGUUUUUGGUCUUCUCGGAAUACCUCUCCUUGUCACUUUCCUAUAUCUAUGUUGGUUGAACCAGAAAAGAAAUGAGCCAAUUUUAAGCUCCUUAGCUGAUUCAUUGUUGAAUCUAUCUUAUGGAACUCUUCUAAAAGCAACCGGCGGUUUUUCUUCGACUAAUCUGAUUGGGGUUGGAAGUUUUGGAUCUGUCUACAAGGGGUUCCUCCAGGAGAAUGAAAAUGUCAUUGCGGUCAAGGUGCUUAAUUUAACGCGGUAUGGCGCUCUCAAGAGCUUCAGAGCAGAGUGCGAGGUUUUAAAGUGCAUAAAACACCGAAAUCUUGUGAAAGUAUUGACGGCAUGCUCAGGCAUUGAUUAUAAGGGUGAUGAGUUUAAGGCUUUAGUUUAUGAGUUCAUGGUCAAUGGCAGCCUAGAAGAGUGGUUGCACCCAAAUCCAGCUCGAAAUGAUGCAAAUGGGCACUCAAAGAAAUUGGGUCUUGUCCAAAGGAUAAACAUUUCUAUUGAUGUUGCUUCUGCAUUAGAUUAUCUCCAUAAUCAAUGCCAAAGCCAAAUAAUUCAUUGUGAUCUAAAGCCAAGUAAUGUCCUUCUUGAUGCUGACAUGGUUGGACAUGUUGGUGACUUUGGGUUGGCGAAGAUUGUCCUCGAAUCCACGUCUGACACUAUAGCAAACACAAGUUCUAUCAUUUUAAGAGGAACAGUUGGUUAUGCCGCUUUGGAAUAUGCUAACGGAUGCCAGGUCUCCAGAGAAGGUGAUAUCUACAGUUACGGCAUCCUCUUAUUGGAGAUAUUCACGGGAUUAAGCCCCACUAGCGACAUAUUUAGAGAGAAUUUGAAUCUUCAUAAUUAUGUGGCUGAAGCUCUACCCCAACAUACUAUGGAGAUUACAGAUCCGGUUCUGCUUCACGAACAAGAGAACUGUAACAAUUCCCAAGAUUCGCUUCAUGAAAAAAAUCGCAUGUUUCAGGAAUCUUUGGAAACGAUAUAUCGAAUUGGACUCGCUUGCUCAGUUGAGGAGCCUAGAAGACGCAUGAGCAUCGACAAAGUUGCAACCCAGCUGCACUUGAUCAGGGAGAAACUUUUUGAAGCUUCUUCACUUGGAAGGAUGAGACACGGAUAGAUGACAUCGAAAGUAGCAAGUUCUUUAUUUCAUUCAAUGAAUCUUUCUAGUGCUAUUUGAAUAUGAAAAAGGAAAGGAUGAAUGUCUGACUUUCCUAACUUCCUUGUGAAUGUAAGAAAGGAUCGUCCUAAUAUUCCUACUUUAAAAGAUUUGCCAAAAAUCCACACCUUCU